AUGGCUUCAUCAUCAAACCACGAGUCGUCUCAGCAGGGCUCAUUCUUGAGCCCUGUCAUAGUAACGAAUCCUUCGGACAGAGAGCGUUCAUUAUCUAUUUCAUCUGCUGCUGCAUCUUCCUCAUGCUCUGGUCCGACAGAUCAACCUCACUCUCCAAUAUCCCCCGCAUCUCCUGUACCUCCUGUAUCUCCCACCUCUGCACUUUCGCCAGACAUGGCAUGGAAUCCAGAUCAUCCGGACCCAGCACGCCUGAUGGUCCACAACUCAUCGCAUCGGCCUUCAUCGUCGAUUGACGGUGACACAUUACGUCCGCGAUCGGAGUCAUUUGCAUCUACUGCACCCACGAUGAGCCCGAGCCGAUCAAGGGCUAAUUCGGAAGUUGGUCCUUCACAUACUAGCAAAGCAGUCUACGACGAUGUCCCUUUGUCUGAAGCACUGGCACCAGAUCUCCGAAACGAGGCUGACUUCCUCAUCGAGAAUAAUCGCUUCUCCUUCUCACCCGGUCAGCUGAAUAAGAUGCAGAACCCCAAGUCCCUUGCUGCCUUUCAUGCUCUCGGCGGUUUACAAGGAUUGGAGCGGGGACUUCGAACAGAUCUCAGCGCGGGUCUGUCUGUUGAUGAAGGACGGUUGGAAGGCACAGUUGAUUUCCAACAAGUCAUGCCACCAUUAUAUAAUAAACGCCCGUCAAUGAGCAAGCCGCCUCUUGAAGAAUCCCCUUCGAAGUCGGUGCCAGUAUCUGCUGGAGAAGGCUCACCAUUCGAAGACCGCAUUCGUGUUUUUAGUCAGAACCGACUGCCAGCUCGGAAGUCUACUGGCUUCUUGAAGCUAUUCUGGAUUGCAUACAACGAUAAAAUUAUAAUACUUCUGACUAUCGCCGCGAUAAUCUCAUUGUCCUUGGGGAUCUAUGAAAGUAUAGAUGGAGGAAAAGGUGUAGAAUGGGUGGAAGGUGUGGCUAUCGUUGUGGCAAUUCUCAUUGUCACUAUUGUUACUGCCGCCAAUGACUGGCAAAAAGAAAGGCAAUUUGCUAAGCUUAAUAGAAAGAAAGACGACCGCGAGGUGAAGGUAAUCCGGUCCGGUAAGUCCAUGAAGCUAUCAAUUCAAGAGAUCAUGGUUGGCGACGUGCUCCAUCUGGAGCCCGGCGACUCCAUUCCGGCCGACGGCAUUCUGGUCUCAGGACACGGUGUGAAAUGCGACGAGUCAUCGGCUACCGGUGAAUCGGAUCAGAUGAAGAAGACCGACGGCCACGAAGUCUGGCAGCAAAUCGUCGAGGGCUCUGUAACGAAGAAAAGUGACCCUUUCAUGAUCUCUGGAAGCAAUGUCCUCGAAGGUAUCGGCACAUAUGUAGUCACCAGCGUUGGACGUUACUCUACUUAUGGUCGGAUCAUGCUGUCGCUUCAGACAACCAAUGAUCCUACGCCGCUUCAAGUUAAACUGGGUCGUCUCGCAAACUGGAUUGGAUAUCUAGGCUCGGGCGCUGCUAUCAUCUUAUUCCUUGUUCUUUUGUUCCGAUUUGUGGCCGACCUCCCGAAUCAUCCGAAUGUCAGCUCUGCAGAGAAGGGCAAGGAGUUCGUUGACAUCUUGAUUGUUGCUGUCACCGUUAUUGUCGUGGCUAUUCCAGAGGGUCUACCUUUGGCAGUAACCCUUGCCCUUGCCUUUGCUACUACUCGCAUGGUGAAGGAGAACAACCUCGUCCGUGUCCUGCGUGCCUGUGAAACAAUGGGGAAUGCCACCGUUAUUUGCUCCGAUAAGACAGGUACCCUGACGCAGAACAAAAUGACAGUCGUUGCCGGUACCUGGGGAACUAGCCAGAGCUUCAAAUCGCCAACAGAGAUUGAGACUGACGACUCUGCGAAAUCCACGGCGGAAUUCUUCAAGGGAUUUUCGGCGCCUGCGCGAGAUCUAAUCAUCAAAAGCGUUGCUUUAAAUUCGACCGCCUUCGAGGAGGAGCGGGAAGGACGGAAGCAGUUCGUUGGCAGCAAGACUGAAGUUGCUCUUCUUCAAAUGGCGAAGGACUAUCUCGGUAUGGACCUCGCUUUUGAUCGUGGAUCCGCCGAGAUCACCCAGCUCAUCCCUUUCGACUCUGCGCGCAAGUGUAUGGGUGUUGUGUACCGUAAUCCCGGAGCUGGAUACCGACUCCUUGUUAAGGGUGCACCAGAACUCAUGGUCGACGCCUGCAAUACGCAGAUCACAGACCUUGACGUCGGAGAGAAGGGUUUGCAAACACAGCCAUUGUCCGAGGAGGAGAGACGGAGUAUUCUGGAGACCAUCGACCAGUACGCUAAGGGAUCUCUUCGCACAAUCGGUAUCUUGUACAAGGACUUUACCUCUUGGCCACCAAAGGAGGCCAAAAGACAUGAAGACGAUGCUUCUGCGGCAGAAUUUGACGAUGUCUUCCAGGGCAUGACUUGGGUUGGAGUCGUGGGAAUUCAAGACCCCCUUCGUUCCGAAGUCCCCCCAGCAAUCCGCAAGUGCCAUUCUGCUGGAGUCCAGGUGAAGAUGGUUACUGGAGACAAUGUUGCAACUGCUACCGCAAUUGCCUCUUCUUGCGGCAUCAAGACUGAAGAUGGGCUGGUCAUGGAAGGUCCUAAGUUCCGACAGCUCUCAGAUGAGGAGAUGGAUCGUGUGAUUCCCCGUUUACAGAUCCUAGCGCGCUCUUCCCCAGAAGACAAGCGUAUCUUGGUCGAGCGUCUUAAAGUUCUUGGAGAGACAGUCGCUGUCACUGGCGAUGGCACUAAUGACGGCCCUGCUCUUCGCACUGCGGAUGUUGGCUUCUCUAUGGGAAUUGCUGGUACCGAGGUCGCGAAGGAGGCCAGCUCGAUAAUCUUGCUGGAUGAUAAUUUCCGAUCUAUCGUCACUGCUAUUUCUUGGGGACGAGCUGUCAAUGACGCUGUUGCCAAGUUCUUGCAGUUUCAGAUUACUGUCAAUAUCACGGCUGUGAUCUUGACAUUCGUCUCUUCUGUCUACAGCAGCUCGAACAGCAGUGUUCUUACCGCUGUGCAACUUCUCUGGGUGAAUUUGAUUAUGGAUACAUUCGCGGCCCUAGCUUUAGCAACCGAUGCUCCAACUGAGAAAAUUCUCGACCGUAAACCCGCCCCCAAGAGUGCCUCGCUGUUCACGUUGACAAUGUGGAAAAUGAUUCUCGGCCAAUCAGUCUACAAGCUCGCUGUCAUCUUUAUGCUCUACUUUGCUGGCGACAAUUUACUCGACUCUCACCUGGACAGUGUCGACAUAGAGCAUCGCUCUAAGCAGCUCUCCACAGUUGUCUUUAAUACAUUUGUCUGGAUGCAAAUCUUCAAUGAACUCAACAACCGUCGCCUCGACAACAAGUUCAACGUUUUCGAAGGUGUGCUCCGCAACUACUGGUUCUUGGGCAUCAAUGCAGUCAUGGUUGGCGGCCAGAUUAUGAUUAUCUUCAUUGGCGGCGAGGCCUUCAGUGUGACCCGGUUGUCAGGUAUCCUCUGGGCAGUUUGCAUUAUCUGCUCGCUGGGCUGUUUGCCUUGGGCAAUUGUUUUGCGCAUAAUACCCGACCGACAUUUCGGCAUUGUGUUCAAUGCCGUCGUCGAUGCAAUGACAUUUAUCCUGCGACCAAUCGCGAAGGGAUUUAAUGGUGUUGCUCGUGGAUUGAGGAUUCUUUUCCGACCAGUGACGCGCUUUACUCGUCGCAAGUUCUCUCGCGGUGCGAAGGAAACCGAUAAUACCGAUCCCUCGCUGGAGUUGUCGAAUACUCGUGCUAUCAAUGAGAUUCAUGUUAUAUAUGAGGAAUCUCCUCCUCCGGCCAAGCCGGCUCGACAGGAAAGCCCUGAACGUCUGCGGACGCCAUCAGCGACUGCUGUGCCUCCGAUUACGGUUACGGCAUCGCCUUGA